AUGAACCUUCUGUUCCACCUCUUCUUUUUCAUCCAUGCGCCCCCUGUUUACCCAACGGAUCAGAAGGCUUUGGAGGAUUAUGUGAACCUUCCUGACCUUCAUUACAGUUACACCCUUGUGUCUAAAAAGAAGCAUUGUGACUCCAGUGUCUAUACCAUCAAUAUGACCUCACUGAAGUGGUUGGAUGAUUCUGAAGUGGAUAAAACAAUCUGGUGGCAUAUGGUGACCAUUGCUGUGCCCAAAGUAUAUAAGAAUGCACAGAUGAAGAAGUCAUGUUUCCUUUUGCUUGCUGGUGGAAGAAAUGACAAUCCAGAAGAACCUGCUGAAUACUCUGCUGCUCAGAUUAGAACUCUAGCAGUCACAACUGGAUCGGUUGCAGUUCUUCUGAUGCAAAUCCCCUUCCAGCCUCUCACUUUCUACAAACAUCCUUUGGGGAUGAAGAAUAUAACAGAAAAUAGUUUAUUUGCAUAUGUUUUAUGGAGAUUUAUUAAUGACCCAACCACUUCACUGGACUGGAUCAUCCAAUUUCCAAUGGUCAAGGCCACUGUGCGAGCCCUGGACACAGUUACAGAUUUCUUGCUGAAACAGACUGGCGAAGAUGUACAAAUCACCGAAUUUAUGCUACUAGGCUCAUCCAAGCGUGGAUGGAUUGCUUGGCUGACUGCAGCCAUUGACAAGCGUGUGGUGUCAUUUGUCUCAGUCGUUAUGGAUGUCCUGAAUUUUGUUGAGAAUUUACAUCACCAGUACAGAUCAUAUUGUGGCUGGAGUUUUGCACUGGCACCUUUCUACUACAUCAAUAUUACUCAACAGAUUGAUCAUCCCCGUUUUGAACUUAUUGCUUCAAAUAUCGACCCUUUGAAAUAUAAUGAGUAUUAUAUAAACAAAGCGAAGUACCUACUUGUGGCAUCAGGAGAUGAAAUGGGCCCGCCUGACAAUUCUUAUUAUUAUUUUGAUCAGCUAACAGGAAAGAAAUAUCUCCGGAUCAUCCCAAAUAUGAACCAUGCCUUAGCUUUCUAUGAAGACAGUAUUGGAGUUCCAACUGCCACUUUUUACCUUAUCACCAUGCAGAAUCAACAGCAUCCUCAGGUCCACUGGAACAGGACUGUGAAAAAUACUGGAGGAGCUAUUUACUUUUCCACAGACCAGGAGCCUUCAUUGAUUUAUGCUUACUAUGCUAACACUAAUGAUGAUACAAGGAGAGAUUUCAGGAUGCACAUAUUAUCUGGACAAGAAGCUAAAAGGAAUCCUAUUAAAUGGAAACGUGUUAAGGUGAAGAAAGUGAGUACAAAUGUUUAUAAGAAGGAAAUCAAAAAUCCAGACAAAGGAUGGACAGGAUUCUUCAUUGAGGCUACAUAUUCCGGCUUUGAGGAUUCCAGCGAAAAAUUAAUAAUAACAUCCGAAUUUCACAUAAUCCCAGAAACCUUUCCAUGUGAGGACUGCGUCGGAGAAGGGUGCUAUAGCAAACUGGUCUGAGAACAUUCAACUAAAAUGGAAGAUGCCUUUGGAUGAUCAAUAAGACGACUCAGAAAAACGGUAAUCAUCCAAUUGCUGGCAUAAUUUAGAAGAGGGAAUGGGCAGUGUGUCCUUUCAGAUACUGCUGGGUCAGUAAUCUUCAGCAAUCUCUAGAACACGGCUUCCCCAUCUUUAGCAUAGGUGGGUCUGACUCACAUAUUUUGCAUAAAGUAAGCUAUUUUCAAGGAAUUGUCUGUGAAUCAUAGUGGUAACAAACAUUAAUGAGUAGAUAUAGUUGCCUUCAAAUGAUUUUUUUGUUUUGUCAUGGUUUCUCCACAAUUUUCUACUCUUGCUUAAUAAAAUCGUACUCUGCAUCA